AAAGAAUGCACCGCUAAAUAGUCCGCUCCCCUUUGCACGUUAUGUUGUGUCACGAGCUAGUUGGGGAGUUAUUUUUGUUUCAGAUUUCCUCCACGGCGGACUAGGAGGUAGCAUCAGAUAUGGAUAAUGCAGAUCACCCAUGGAAGAGCUGUUUGUUAUGUGCAGCAGAUGAUGGAUUUCAUUCUCCAGAGGCUUUUGUCAGGCACCUGCGGCAGAAGCACUGUCGCCAGGAGGGCGGCUCCUUCGUCUGUCACUAUGGAUACAACCGUGUCUGCUCUUCACUUCCACUGGAGGGUGUCAGCGAUGUGGACUACGAGCAUCACGUGCUGAAGCACCAUGUCUAUCCAAAGGGGGCAAUUCGGAAAGAGGGCGGCAGCCGGACGUCGUCUGUGUCGUCGUCGUCUUCGUCGCACCAGUCGGGCGCCGCGGCCGACGGCCUCCGCUGGAGCCUGCACAGCGCCGCGCAGAACCUGCCGGCCGUGCUGAACGACCCGGGCCGCGGCAGACAGCGGGACUUCUUCACCAAGACGUGGGGCGACGGGUUCGUAGAGCGCGAAGUUACGCCCUCGCCUCGGCUGGCCACCGUCACCCUGGCCGACUUCCAGGCCUACCUGCGUGACACGUCGAAGCGAUAUAAGAAGCAUCUAAGGAAAUCGAACACCUUUAAAAAAGAAUCCUUAACGCGUGGUCGAACAAAAUUGUCACGGAUUGGUGAACCAGAGGAGGACGGCAUGGGUCUGAGCAGCGUGCCGCGGCUCUUCUUCGACCCGACGUUCGACCUGUCGCGGCCGGAGGUGUUCCCGGUGAUCUGUCCGGCUGCAGACGGCUGUGCGGCGACCGGCGGCGAGCCGCACCGGCCAGCCGCCGCCGCCCAGCGCCGACAAACAGCUCCAGGAGAAGGUGGGCGUCGGUGGUCACAUGAGCUGACCCACUACCUGGACAUCGUGGAGGUGCAGAUCGCCCGCCAGAUCGCCGACAAGUCGGAGGCCUUUUUCGACGCCAUGUCCUCGCACGACUCGCUGAUGGAGCAGCUGAGUCAGGCGUCACGCUCGGUGCGCGCGCUCCGGGAGCGCACCAAGUUCACGCUGGAGCACGAGGUGACGGCGGCGCUGCGCGUCAUCAGCGGCCGCCAGCGGCAGCACAACUGCGCGCGCGUCCUCAAGAAGCUGCGGCUGAUGGCCACCGUGCACCAGACGCAGCCGACCAUCCAGCUGCUGCUGACCACGUCCGAGUUCGUGGGCGCGCUCGACCUGAUCGCCACCUCGCAGGAGGUGCUGGCGCAGGAGCUGGCCGGCGUGCAGGCCUUCAAACACCUGAGCAGCCAGCUGACUGAGAUGGAGCGAGUCAUCGACAAGAUGGUGUCGGCUGACUUUGUGCGGCACGUGACAUCGGACCUGAACCGGCCGCUGGACCAGCAGCAGCCGGCCGAGGAGGUGGUCGGUGAGCGGAUCCGCGUGAGUAGGCACGUGCCGGGCGGCCAGUGCCGCGGCCCUGCUCGCUCGCCGCCAGCCGUCGGCGGCCGCUAUCGCAUGACACCGCUUCGUGUAACAGCCAGCCGAACUAACACCGGGGUGUUUGCUGGACUGAUGGCUCUCACGGACCGUUCGGCCGGUCUGGCGUUUGGGCGGAGCGGUGGACUUCUUGGUGACGCCAUUCUCGCCUCGCCGUUGGAGCAGCUGGUGUCCAUCAUGUUCGGGAUGCUCCGGCUGAAGAACUACAACAUGGUGGGGGUGUACAAGGACGAGGCGUGCACCACUGUGCGGGCCGUGGUUAAGCAGACGGUGAUCGAGGCGGUGGUGGCCGGAGAGCCGGCCGCUGUGAGCGACGUCAUGGAUGACGUGCUGGACGCGGCCAUGGGUCGACCCCGCGUCCCGCUCACCAACGGUGGCAAGGCGGACAACGGCCAGUCGCCCGCCCCUCGGCUCUCCAUGUGUUGGGGUCGUGAGAAGCUGUUAACGGGCGGUUUAGCACGCGCUGCGGUAGUUGGGCCGGUGCUUAUGCGGAGAUUGCGGCAUAAAGAGACACCGUUCGUACUGCAAAUGGCCUAUAAUCUCCAGCUAGGCGAUAGGUUUGCUCCGUGCCCAGUGUCAGCAAAGGCUUGCUUAGAAAGUCGAAAGUCCGUCCGGCGCGCGUCCGCUGCCCGCCGCCGCGCGCCUCGGCCUCUCCACCUGACACCACCUGCUACCCGCAGCACGGAGGAGGUGGAGGGCGCCAUGAUGACGGCGGAGGAGAACAGCCGCGUGCGCGCCACCCUCUCGGCCAUGCUGGGCGCGGUGUGUGACUACGCGCACGAGCGCUGCGGCAAGCUGCUGCAGGCCCGUGUCCGCGAGGGCGGCGUCGAGUCGCCCGAGUUCCUGUCGCUGGCCACGCUGGUGCAGGACUUCGUUGCCGACUGCGAGCAACUGUGUGGUCGGCGGAGCACGGCCUUCCAUCUGGCGCUGCAGGGCCAGGCGAGCCAGUUCGUGCAGCGUUUCCACUCGGAGCGGAAGACCAAGCUGAACCUGCUGCUGGAGUCGGAGCGGUGGCGGCAGGCCGACGUGCCGGCGGAGUUCCAGGUCAUCGCCGACCACGUCUACAGCACGGGUGAGAAGCUCGUCGAGCACUCGCCGGAGCGGCGGCCGGCCGACGUGCUGCGGCUGGGUGACCAGUCGUUUGUCGUCGUCGGCACCGUGCUGCUGCUGGUCAAGAUGCUGCUCGAGUACUGCGACUGCGCGCGCCACCUGUCGUCGGUCAGCGCGGACCUGCUCAGCCGGCUGGUGGACCUGCUGCGCUUCUUCAACUCUCGCUGCUGUCAGCUGGUGGUGGGGGCCGGUGCCAUCCAGCUGGUGGGCCUCAAGACCAUCACCAGCCGCAAUCUGUCGCUGGCGGCCCGCGGCGUCCAGCUCGUGCUGCAGUACAUCCCGCUCAUCAGGCGUCACUUCGAGGAGCUGCUGCCAGAGCGGGGCCGCGGCCAGCUGCGCCACCUGGACCAGGUGCAGGCUGACUACGUGGCCCACCUGGCCGAGAUCGACACCAAGCUGGUGGUCAUCAUCAGCGGCGCCUGCGACGCCCAGCUCAACAAGUGGGAGGCGCGUCCGCCCGUGCCCAGCCAGCAGUUCAGGGCGGUGUGCCGGGCGGUCAGCAAGCUGCACGAGGCCACGUCGGGCGUGCUCGCGCCGGAGCACAGUCGCCGUCUGUUCGCGCGCAUGAACGGCGCGUUCGUGGAGAGCCUGCGCCGGUGCGUGGACCGGCUGGCCAUCAAGAGAGACGGCGGGCCUCAGCAUGGACUGGUGACGUCGGAGCUGAUCUUCUAUCAGGAGCACCUGAAAACGCUGAACUUCGUGCCGGAGCGGCCUGUGGCCGAGCUGCUCUGGCUGCCCGACAAGGCGGCCGCCCUGCCGUGAUUGGCUCGCGGUGGUGCCUGCUGCGCUGUGAUCGGCCCGCCCGACACGCUGCUGUGCUGUGAUUGGCCCGCCAUAGUCGCCGCCGAGUCGUGAUUGGUCCGACGUGGCCUCCGCCCAUGCGUUAUUGGUCCACGAGGGCUGUGGGUUGCGUGCAUCAUUCCGAUACUGCCGGGGCGUGAGAAUGCGGCUCCGAAUUCACGCUUCGUCCGCUGGCGUGGCAUGCAGAUGAGCCAGUAAGAGUAUGGAGUGAUCAAAGCAGACGUGACCAGGUCAGACAGGGCGCCCUUUGGCAGGACGGAACGUCUCGGUGCCGUGCCAUUGGUCGGAGCGCCACCGUUUGGCCGUCGGUGUUGUGCUGUGUGCUGGCGGGCAGUGUGUGCCUGCCCGCUCGCGCGCCUCAUACAUGUGAUACCGGCGAGGCGCGCUUGGCGCUGCGAAGCGCUGGACCACGCCGCUUGCAGUUCUGCUGUGCGUUCCUUGUGUCUCAAAGAGAGCGGAUGCAUUCCAGCGCUGGGCAGGCGAGGCGUGAUAUGAAGCACGUAGCGAAGCGCGAUCAGUGAGCGACGGGACAUUCGCAUGGCAUGUUGGUGCGAUCUGCUGACUUCAGUGCCUGGUGAUGUAGCUUGCAUUCUGUUUGGGCUUCGUAAUAUCCCGCUGACCAAUGUGGUGUUUUGGCUGAUCGGUUUGAUUUAUGAUUGCCUUAGCCUGCCCGGCGACGUUAUAACUUAGCACCAUCAAAGACGAUAAACCUCAGGACAACAUAUUGCGACGUAGUCGACACUGCAUUUGCAACUGCAGCCUCGCUGUUUGGUGGACCUGCAUCUGUCAUGUGCAGCUUCGUGGUGCGUUGGACCAGGUGUAACGGUCGGGGAUAGAACGCUACGCAGCGGCCAAGCCCACACAGCUCGACAGGUGACGCUGGCGUAUCCACGGUGUUACCGCGUGAUGUCGGGCGGACAAGACAAGUCCAACGUGCACCAGCUCGCAAGGAUGUACUUUUUGUAACGUCAGCAACAGCGUUCUGCAUCUGGGGGCCUGUUUCUCGUCUGUUACACCUGUAUGCACCCGCUGUACCCAUUCCGCAUGCUGGCGGUGUCAACUCAGGCAGCUCGUAACUCGGGGUCCUUGGUUUUCUGGUGGUGUUUGGAAGUAGGGUUGCUACAUGUCAGGUGCUGGUGGCCUUCCUGCUGCGGGCUGGUCCCAACCCACUCGCCCCAACCAGCCGCUCCCCCCAGCCAGCGGUCGCCUGGAACCGGAAAGCUCGCUGCUUCCAUCCAUUACGCGUGUUAGCCGGGACCGUAUUCUUCAUGGGGUUCUUGUUACUAAGCAUGGGAGCGUUUGCAUGCACGCACUUUUCAGCGGGAGUAUUACUAUUGCGGAUCGCUGUGGCUCGGUCACAAUCUUGCGUCGCCGUGUUCCGCCUCUCCCUUUCGACUUGUUCCGCAUCCUCAUCACGUUACUGCGGACAAAAUUCAGGCUUGACGGCGGAUCCAAAUUCGGGACCACCCCAGACGCGCUGUGUCGAACGAAGCGCCGCAGUCUCGUCCCGCCACGAGCACCGACGGUGUAACGGCUGCGCCUGCCCGGGACCACGGGGCUCUGGGCUUGCCGCUGGUGCCGGUGGGUCCGGCUGGUCUGCGAGGCUGGCGCCCGCCGGCCUGUGGGAGGCCCGGCGGUGGGCCUCGCUCUAGCCGGGUUGUCUUCGCGCGGGAGAAGCGGCGGGUCUCUCGCCUCGCCCGUCGCGAACGGCGCGAGCUUGCCUGUGCGGCGUCGCACGCCUAGUCAUGGGCGGAUGCGCCAUUGCGAGUUGUCUCGCGUCCUCGGCCUUCGACGUCGACGAAAAUGCGAUUUGGUGACUGUCGGUCGUGGCGCGGGUCGUGGGACGACCCGGGUGAAGGCUAGCCACCUCGGGCCGCUCUGCUCCAGGGUCGAGGUCACUGACCUGCCGGCCGUGAAUGUGUCCGCGGGAAGUUCAGAUGUGUUCAGGAAGAGGAGGGGCACGUGGCGGGGUUCAACCCGACGUUUCGGCGGUUGAUGUGCAAUAGGUGUUCACCUACGCAGCGCGAGGCCAGAGGUGAUCGGGUGAUGUGCACGUGGUAGCCUUUAUUCCAUUUGUUUUGGUUGUGUGUGCAGGUGCCGUGCCUCAUGUGGAGUACGUCUUCACCGGAGGUGUACGCUUGGGUCGUGAUUAUCGCUAUAUUAUGGGAUGGAAUGAAAUACAUGUAUGUUAUUCA